AUGUCUGAGUUAGGUGAGUAUUCUAAAUUAGAAAACAAAGAGCUUAGAACGGAGUUUGAAUUGACAAAUUUUCCUUUUCCAGGCACAACUGAUAACGACUCCGAUGACGGAAGCCAAGGGCAGAACUCUUUGAAUAUCAUUACUCCUGACAUGGAUGAUACUCUGGUUAAUGAUGUACUUCGAGAAAACGAUAAAAAGUCUAGUAUGAGAAUGGCUUUUAUGAAUCUAGCAAACUCUAUUCUUGGUGCCGGAAUAAUUACUCAGCCGUUCGCGAUCAAAAAUGCUGGUAUAUUAGGCGGGCUAUUAUCAUACGUAGCCCUCGGAUUUAUAGUUGAUUGGACGUUAAGACUUAUUGUCAUUAACUUGACUCUUGCUGGCAAGAGAACAUACCAGGGUACGGUCGAACAUGUAAUGGGUAAAAAAGGGAAAUUGCUGAUUCUAUUUACAAACGGGUUAUUUGCAUUUGGUGGAUGUAUUGGUUAUUGCAUAAUUAUUGGGGAUACGAUACCCCACGUACUCAGAGCUAUAUUCAGCCAGAACGAUGGUAAUGUACAUUUUUGGCUCAGGCGAAAUGUCAUAAUUGUAAUGGUCACUACUUUCAUUUCCUUUCCGUUAUCAAUGAAGAGAAACAUAGAGGCACUAUCAAAGGCAUCUUUCUUGGCCGUUAUAAGUAUGAUUAUAAUUGUACUGACAGUGGUAAUUAGAGGACCUAUGCUGCCCUAUGAUUGGAAAGGUCAUUCUCUGAAGUUAUCUGAUUUUUUCAUGAAAGCUACUAUAUUCAGAAGUCUCUCUGUCAUUUCCUUUGCGUUGGUUUGUCAUCAUAAUACUAGUUUUAUUUUCUUUUCCAUGAGGAAUAGAAGUGUGGCAAAAUUUACCAGGUUAACGCAUAUCAGUAUCAUUAUCUCAGUAAUAUGCUGUGCACUAAUGGGAUAUUCGGGAUUUGCAGUUUUCAAAGAAAAAACAAAAGGCAAUGUUUUAAACAGUUUCCCAGGAACAGACACUGCUAUCAACAUAGCCAGACUCUGUUUCGGAUUUAACAUGCUAACCACAUUCCCCAUGGAAAUUUUUGUUUUGAGAGAUGUUGUCGGUAACUUGUUACAUGAAUGCAACCUUAUUAAAAAUUAUGACGAACACACUCAAUUAUCAGGUAAACAGCACGUCGUUAUAACUUCUUCACUAGUCUUCAUCACCAUGGGUAUAUCAUUAACUACAUGUAAUUUAGGAGCAUUAUUUGAACUGAUUGGGGCCACUACGGCAUCGACUAUGGCUUACAUUUUGCCGCCAUACACAAAUUUGUUGUUAACUAGUAAGAAGAAGAGUUGGAAGGAAAGGCUUCCUUUCUAUCUUUGUAUAUGCUUUGGUUUCAUGAUUAUGAUAAUCAGCAGCACCCAAACUAUUAUUGAUGCAGUUAAUGGUUCUGAUGGACAGCACUGCCAAAUAUAG